CUAGGACCCGACAGCGCAGGGGCCAUGCAUUUGAUUGAUUGACUCUUUCCCACUUGCCUGGCCCAGUGAAACACCUCACAACCUCGAUCAAUCCAUCAUAAAUACCCAGCUCUGAAACAAAAUCAAGCCAGUCAGCUUUUUAAUGUGAAAUUAAUUUUAAAAGGGAGAACGGAUUCGGGGAUGACCUAUUGCAACCGAGGAGGCAAAUUUUGGAUUUAUCUCCGCAAAGAGGAUUAGAGACGCGCUCAUCCGGCACCUUCCACCGAACGAACAAUUGCGGAAUCCAGGUGUACACGUCGAGCGGAGAUUUCUCCUGCAAGCAAUUAAGAUCUGGCGGCUCUGCGUUCAUUUGCGGGCUCCGAGAGCGGGCGGGAGCGGAGAGGGAGAGAGGGGUGUGUGGAAAGAGGGGAAGAGAAGGAAGGAGGGAAGGGAAAGAGAGAACGAAAGAAGGAGUGAGGGAAGAGAGAGGGAGAGGGAGGGAGAAGCGAAAAAAAAAAGAAAAAUAUCACUUCUCCUCCCGGCAGAAGUAUGAACAGUUGGUUGGAGAAGCCGGGUACCCCGUCUGAUAGUAUCGGCCAGUGAAUUUUAAAUCCGGCAGUAGCGAGGGAUAAUAUAUAGACUUUAUGUUUAUAUAUUAUUAAACAUAACAGCAGAGGUGCGGGAGGGAAGGGAGACAUUUCCUUCAGAAACGCCCACCCCACGGCUGGCUGAGACUGACAGGACGGUUCCUAAAACUGACCCGCUCUCCUUUCUACCCUCCUUGACAAUCUCGACACACUCCCCACCCCCCACCCCCAAACCGAGGGGGACCCAGCUGUCAAAACCAAAGCGGGGUGUGUGAAAGAUUCCGGGAUUUUUAUUUUGGCGUGUGUGUGUUUUGGGGCGGGUACGGAGAGAGGGUUAUCGUUGAAUCGGAUGCUUUACGCCGGGAAUGUGAGAAUUGAAGGCUGCCGUCCCGGACUCUCGCCCUCUUCGCACCCCGACUUCAGAGGGGGACCUGCUCGCUUCUACCUCCCUCCCGCUGUGAAAUCUCACAGGAGGACCGCCUGUCCUCGGAUCGUGGACUCCGCAACCAUCCGACAAGGGAGGGGGAGAACAUCGGAUUCAUUCGCAUCUCAUCCAUCCUUCUCUCCCACCACCCCUCCCCGUAAGUCCCCUUCCCAAUUCCAUUGACCCCCGGUGCUGUUCGAACCGGCCUCCUCGCUGUCAGGAAGGAGCCUGGCCCAUCAACGCCGCGGCAAGCGACAGGAUACCGCCGACCAACCCCGUUCCGUGCUCUCCGGCGAGGAUGGGGCCUGGGAUCCUGCUUCUGGUCCUCCUAUUCCCACCCUGUGUGCUCUUGGCAGCCCGGAAUACCACCAUAGGGUGCCGGAAGAUCAGGCCCCCGUUGGACGGUGGGAUCCGGUACCCCGGCCUCACCCAGGAACAGAUCCGCACCAUCGAGGUGCUGCCCGUGGCCUAUGAGAUCGAGUAUAUCUGCAGGAGUAAUCGUGUCAUUGACGGGCCGGGAGUACGGAAGUGCCUGGAGAACGGGACCUGGACCCACAUGGAUCAGCGCAGUAGGUGUGUAUAUAACUGCUCGCGGCUGGCUCUGAACCUGGAGAACGGGGUGGCCCUGACGAGGGGUGCGGUGAAGACCAGGGCCAAUGCGAGGAUCCCGGUGGAGGGGACGGUGGUGGAGUACCGUUGCAACGCCGGCUUCAAACUGGAGGGGCCCACCAGCAGGGUCUGCACCAAGUACGGGAAGUGGAACACCAGCAAGCCCAUGUGCACAGUUGACAAAAAUUGGAACCGUCAGUCAUACAGCAGCAAACGGACCCUGUACAUCGGAGCGCUCUUCCCCAUGAGCGGGGGCUGGCCGGGAGGACAGGCUUGUCUGCCGGCCGCGCAGAUGGCCCUCCGAGAUGUUAACAACCGGUCGGACAUCCUCCGAGACUACGAACUGCAGCUCAUUCACCACGACAGCAAGUGCGACCCCGGCAAAUCCACCAAGUACCUGUACGAGCUGCUGUACAACGAGCCUAUGAAGAUCGUGUUGAUGCCGGGCUGCAGUGGAGUCUCAACACUGGUGGCAGAGGCGGCUCGCAUUUGGAACCUGAUUGUGCUCUCAUACGGCUCCAGCUCGCCAGCUCUCUCCAACCGCCAGCGGUUCCCCACCUUCUUCCGAACCCACCCCUCGGCCACCCUCCACAAUCCCACCCGCGUCAAACUCUUCAAACGGUGGGGCUGGACCAAGAUCGCCACCAUCCAGCAGACGACAGAGGUCUUCACGUCGACUCUGGACGACCUGGAGCAGCGGGUGAAGGAGGCCGGGAUUGAGAUCAGUGUCCGGCAGAGCUUCCUGACGGAUCCAGGCGUGGCAGUGAAGAACCUCAAGAGACAAGACGCUCGCAUCAUUGUUGGGUUGUUCUACGAAACCGAGGCAAGGAAAGUCUUCUGUGAGGUGUUCAAAGAGAAGCUGUACGGUAAGAAGUAUGUCUGGUUCCUCAUUGGCUGGUACGCCGACAAUUGGUUCAAGAUCCAGGACAACAAUAUCAACUGCACGGUGCAGAACAUGACGGAGGCAGUGGAGGGCCACCUCACCACCGAGAUCCUCAUGGUGAAUCCCACCAACAGCAGGGGCAUAUCCAAAAUGACGUCCCAGGAGUUCCUGGAGAAGCUGCAGGAGGUGAUCAACAAGUCGCCCGAGGAGACAGGCGGAUACCAGGAGGCACCGCUGGCGUACGAUGCCAUCUGGGCCCUGGCGCUGGCCCUCAACAAGACUGCCCAGGAGCUGGAGAAGAAGCAGAUGCGGCUGGAGCAGUUCCACUACCGCAGCCAGAACAGUGAGAUCACCGAGGAGCUGUACAAGGCCAUGAACUCCUCCUCCUUCGACGGAGUCUCGGGCCACGUGGUGUUCGAUGCCAGCGGAUCCCGAAUGGCAUGGACGAUGAUCGAGCAACUGCAAGAUGGGAAGUAUGUGAAGAUCGGUUACUACGACAGCACCAAUGACAACAUGUCCUACUUCGGCACUGAUCGCUGGUUUGGUGGUGUCCCACCUGCCGACCACACCAAGGUCAUCCCUACAUUCCGGUACCUAUCACAGAAGCUCUUUGUGUCUGUCUCUGUCUUGGCUGGGCUCGGGAUUUUGCUGGGAAUCAUCUGCCUGACCUUCAACAUCUACAACAGUAACGUGCGGUAUAUCCAGAACUCGCAGCCCUACCUGAACAACAUGACAGCAGUGGGUUGCACCUUGGCUCUGGCUGCCGUGUUCCCCCUUGGUCUGGAUGGCUACCACAUCCGCAAGUGGCAUUUCCCCCUCGUCUGCCAGGCUCGCCUUUGGCUCCUGGGUCUGGGCUUCAGCCUGGCCUAUGGAAGCAUGUUCACUAAGAUCUGGUGGGUCCACACCGUGUUCACCAAGAAAGUGGAGAAGAAGGAGAAGCGGAAGCACCUGGAGCCCUGGAAGCUGUACGCCACGGUCAGCGUGCUGCUGGCCAUCGACGUCAUCACCCUGGCCAUCUGGCAGCUGGUCGACCCGCUUCACCGCACCGUUGAGGAAUUCACCAAAGAGGCUCCCGCCGGAGAUCAGGACGUGCUGAUCCUACCGCAGCUGGAGCACUGCAGUUCCAAGAAGAUGAACACCUGGCUCGGAAUUGUUUAUGGAUACAAGGGUUUGCUGCUCCUCCUGGGGAUCUUCCUGGCCUACGAGACGAAGAGCGUUUCCACGGAGAAGAUCAAUGACCACCGGGCCGUGGGCAUGGCCAUUUACAACGUGGCCGUGCUCUGUAUGAUCACGGCCCCGGUGACAAUGAUCGUCAGCAGCCAGCAGGAUGCUGCCUUCGCCUUCGCCUCCCUCGCUGUCGUGUUCUCCGUCUACAUCACCCUGGUGGUUCUCUUCGUCCCAAAGAUGCGGAGGUUGAUAACACGUGGGGAGUGGCAGUCCGAGCAGCAGGACACAAUGAAGACGGGCUCGUCGACCAACAAUAAUGACGAGGAGAAGUCACGGCAGCUGGAGAAGGAGAACAGGGAGCUGGAAAAGAUCAUUGCUGAGAAAGAAGAGCGGAUCUCCGAACUGCGGCAGCAGCUCCACGAGCGACAGCAGUUGAGGUCGCGGAGACGGCCCUCCGCUGCGGCCAAGGAGACCCUCACCGACAAUCACUACGGCAACUCGGCGGGGACUGUGCCCUCGCUUUACCAGCCGCACAUGCCCCUGGUGAAGUGCCUGGUCUCGUCCGAGCAGGGCAGCAAGCUCGGCAGGAACAACUGCGAGGGUAGCAGGGUCCACCUGCUCUACAAGUGAUGGUGGGGCCCGGCGUGGCGGCAGGUCCCGAAAUCGAUGGUGCCCCUCAGCAAGAGGGCCCGGCAAAGCUCCACACUGGUCAGGAAAUGAUUGGACUAUUCACUAUCUCCCACUCACUCAGAACCGGACCGAGACGUCCAGUCGAACCCUCCCAACACUGCCUCGCACCAGCCACUACCCCAGAGCACGCCCGCGGCUGUGUUGUAUUUGACUGUUAAAAUGCAGGGUUUAAUCUUAAAGAGGAAAUGAGUCCUCUUUUUUUUCCCAUGUUCAACACCAGUGGGAAUCCUUCCCAGUGGCACACAAAACCAGGAACCCCCCCCCCUCCCCGCCCCGUUUACAGUCAUGUGUUAACCUUGCAACUGAAUUCUAUAACUGAGGAACUAUGUGUUUACGAUGCAACUACCCCAUACAACCAGAGGAUUAUCCCUCUUUCCAAAGUAACUGAUCUAUAACGCUGACAGAAUCUCCCCUUGUUUGCGAAUUAAAUGCCCUGUAAAUCCAAAGGAACCGUCCCUGUGCUUAACCAGUGUACUGGACAAACUGUCCAGUUUACGAUGUAACUUUUCCAUAAAACCAGAAAAAAAUGCCCCAAUGUUUACGGUGUAACUGAUCCAUAAAUUCGGAAGAACUGUCCCUGUCUUUGUGAUAUAACUAAACAUAUAUCCAGAGGAACUGUCCUUGUCCUUACCACGUAACUGGCCUGUAAAACCCAGAGGGACCAGCUCCAUGUUCAUCGAGUCGCCAGCCUCCAGAACGUUCAGGACUCCUGCCCCAUGUCUUUGAACACGCUUCCACCAGACUAGUUUUCCCCUCUGUUAUCAUCGCCCCAUGCCCACAUUCUGUCCGAAAUCUCUUGUGAAAUGAUUCGAGGGUGGGAGUGAAAGGUGUUCAGGAAUGAACCCCUCUCCGUUCCAGGAGCAGCCCUUCCCUUUCUGGGGCGUGUCGUAGCUUUUACUGUUGUACCUCUGGCAAAGGUCGCCCGGUCAGUGUCUUCCAUUGAGACUGGGGAACGGGAACAGGGACGAUGUUGCCCCCUCGUGGGUUGUGGUUGUAAUUGAAACAUUAACUGUAAUUACUUCUGACUUAUGUACAACAUUUACGAAGGACUUCUCCAGAAUAACUGGCGGCCAGAUUUAGAGUUACAUUCAGAGAACCUCCUCAGCUUUAACAUUACACUGUCAGUGUAACUUAGUGCAGCCUGAUGCAGUAAAUUUUGUGAAUGAUCUGCUGUCCUCUCCCCUAUCAGCCAACUAGGGCAAGAAGAAAGCAAAACCCUGCAGAUGCCAGAAAGCACUGCAGGUCGGGUAGAUAUAGAACAUUAAACACCCACUUCUAGCACCGGCCAGUGCCGAGUUCAGCGUGGGGCCCUGGGGCUGCAACACCUCUAGUCAGAAGGUGAGGCAUCACCGGAGGCUUCAUCUGGAACAGAUGAGUGGUGUUGGGAGACCAGGGUGAAGUGGGGGUGGAGAUUUACAGCUCAGGGUCAUUUCUGAGAAAUGGUUUCUCUGUCCUGUGUAAGACCGUAUUGUGAGGAGUGAACUGAAGGGAACACAGGUGAAUCCGUGUGGUCAAAGACUCACCUCUGAGGGGGGAUUUAAUGAAGGUGCCGCCCCCGUGUCCCAUCUGGGAGAGGAACCACCCAAAGGAACUGUGGAACAUGAACGGUACCAACUCAGCUCUGACAGUCUGGGUGGGUUGUGAAAUGUGGGGAGAGUGGGAGGAGGGGACUGCAGAUUGGUGCCAACACACCCAACCUGUCGAUUUGAAUUUUGCAACACACAAGAUGGGGGAGGGGUGCACUGAAUGACAAAAGCGCCUGUCCUCAGCAGUCGUGCCCCCGUCCCCCAUUGCAGAUCUGCCUUUGCGUUAGAAUGAUACCUGCUGUUCUAAACGAGUCCCAUCCGAUUCUCGUUCCACACCGUCUCGGGCCGUACAAGCUACCGGCUGGCAGGGUGGGCUCACCAACCUGUGUUGUUCCACAUUACAAAGUGAGUGGUGAUUGUUUCCCAUGUUGUAUCUCGCACUGACCACUUAGAAUUUGCACUCGCAAGAUGCAUGGAUGGUUUCAUUCACUAUAGCCAACAAGGAUGUGUUUAUAAUAAAAGUGUUACUCUCUAUUCUGUUA